UGCAAGUGUCUGGUGUGCGAAAAUUACAAGCUUCAAAGACGUGGAGAACGUUUAAUAGAAGCUUAUAUAUAAAGCUUAUAUAUCUUCGGUAGUACUACCUUAUGCUGGAAUUAAUAUUGUUUAUUUAAUUAAAUUCUUCAGUUCAACACUUCUGAUUAAUUUCCACUUCGAAAAUUAUUUUCAAAUUUUUUUGUUUGUCACGUCACUUUAGCCCACCACAGUGACAUUAUGUAUUGAGAGGUGGCAACUUUAAGUUAAAUACAACAGUUUGCGUUAGCUACCCAAAUGUGUACAUAUAGUAUUCUUAGCAACCGCUAAGUCUUUUGUGUAUGUGGAAACAAACCCAAAAACCCAUUCGUUCUGUUUUGGAUUUGUGCAUGCUUUUACACUUUAGCUUUUGCAACAGUAGGGGGCCCUCGAGCGGAAUACGUUGGAAACAAAAACCUAGGGGUGGCUAUUAAUUGUCCAGCAUUUUGUACAGUGCGCAGGGUGUGCAUAGGCGUCAUUUCUCAAAAAUACAUAUAAUUUAUUAUUUUAAUCUGCCACAGGAAGGUGUAGAUCGAGCAAUUUUAUAUUUAUGUCUGUUUGGGUCUUUUGUUUACACGAUGUUGAAGAUAGCUAACUGACCAAUGUAACUGAUACAUGGUGUGAUAAAUGAGCUUUGCUAGCUAACCCAGCUAGCUUGUGCAGUGCUUCCAGGAGAAUGAUGGUUGGCCAAACAAGUCUUUAUGCUGUGGCGGCAGGGUCUACACAUGGACCGAGAGUUACAGAAAUAAGGGGCCGUUAAAUGUUGGGUAUUAACACGUUGCUAGGUAGCUGGUCGUCGUACGGAUCGAGAGCGAUAAGGUUCCUUGUUCAGCAAGUUUAAAGUAGCGGCGGUUAGUCAGGAGAACAUGAAAGUGGCAAACGGAGGCUCAAAGGUCAAGGGGAGGAGUUCUGGGGAGAUGAAGAAAGCUAAGAAGAAGAGGAGGCCCCACACCAGCCUGGAGAAAACCAGCUUGGUGAACUCUGCAAGCACCAGCCCAGACACUACCAUGGCAAAAAAGUACUACCAGUCCAGCAGGGUGCAGCCCAGCUUGAAGAGAUUGAAGAGCGGUGCUCGGCCGGUUAACCCUGGCCAGGGGCAUGGACCUCUUCCCAAGACCAAAGGGAAGGCCAAGCCUAGCACUUCCGACCCUCACGCUCACACCAACGGGGGUGCUGGGCCACACCUCCUGACAGAGUCCAGCUCAGAGGACUCGGAGUACUGGACUGCCUUCGCCCUGUCGGUCAUGCAGGACGACGCGGAAGGGGAACGCAAGGCGGGGGCUGAACCCAAUGGAAAAGCAGGGGAACCACCUCCGUACCAUGCAGAGCGAGACAGCAUUCACAACCGCACCGUGCUGCUCAUGGGGCAGGGACAGAGGUUGCAGUUCCGGGGGAAGGCCCUGCUCACCUGCCUGUACGGGAGAGUGGAAGUGCUCGGGUUCACCAUCGAAGAGGGCCAGCAGCCGUACCAAGUCUUCUCCCCACCCACACACUUCCCCCUCUCCAUCACCGCCAUGGGAAACUCCUCCCUCAUCAGCAAGACCCACAAAGAGCUCCGUCUGGAGGCCAAAAACAUAAUUCGAAAGCACCUCUCCAUAGCAGACUCGCGGAAGCGGCUGCAGGCGGCGGUGGACUCGGACUGCUGCCUGGUUCUGCUGGAGCCACUGGACACCCCUCUGACCCGGUUCCUCGGCAGCUUCCCAGAACACCGCGACCUGUUCGGCCUCAGUCCGAGGGAGCUGGACCUAUCGUUCGUCUCGGAAUGCCCCCUGUCAGCAGUGGGCCUGAUCCCGUUGCCCAGUAACACAGAGAGCCUUGUGAUGUCAGAGAGCUACAGGAAAGCCCUCUCCUGCCUCCUGCAGGCCUGCGCAGAGGAGGCUGACGGCUGUCCAGUCAUUCUGGUGUGCGGGGCCAAGAACACCGGGAAGUCCACCUUCAACCGACACCUCAUCAACACCCUGCUCAACCACACUGCCAGUGUGGACUACCUGGAGUGUGAUCUUGGCCAGACAGAGGUCACCCCUCCCGGCUGCCUUUCCCUGUUCACCGUCACUGAGCCGCUGCUGGGCGCCCCGUUCACCCACCAGUGCACCCCAGAGCAUAUGGUUUUCUUCGGCGAGACUUCGUGCGAGAGGGACUUGGACCGCUACCUGGAGUCCCUCAAGUUCCUGUGGCGCUCCUACAGCCGCGAGACGCCCGUCAUCAUCAACACCAUGGGCUGGGUCAAAGGGUUCGGGUUCCAGCUCCUGGUGGACUUCGUUCGGCUGUUCUCCGUCACUCACGUGGUGCAGCUGAGCUACGGCUCCUUCCCCCAGUGCCCCGACCUCACCCCCGCCUUCAUGAGCACCGCCUCCGGCUGGCAGACCCGGCCCCCGCCUCCACCCACGGAGGAGCAGGCCCCGCCCCCGGCCCACGUGCUGCUCAGUGUCCACUCAGAAUUCCCGGGAGCGGGCAGCGUCAGCAACAUGCGGUACCACCGCAGUAACAUUCUGCGUGACCUGGCCCUGCUGGGCUACUUCAGCCAGAUGCAGGCCCCUGAGUCGGGCCUCGUGAGACCCCUGCACUGCUUCAUCCCGUACCAGGUGCCCAUGUCAGCAGUCGCGGUGCGGGUCACUCACUCUGACGUGGCUCCCCUGCACACGAUGUACGCCGCCAAUGGCAGUCUGGUGGGGCUCUGCUGCCUGGGGGAGAAGGUGGGGGGCUCGGGCGGGCCCGUUCUGCUCUCUCACACCCCCGUCUGCCCCUGUGUGGGCUUUGGUGUGCUGCGGGGUGUAGACUCGGCGCGGGGACUGUACUUCCUGGUGACGCCCGUCGCCCCCUCCGUCCUGCGGCAGGUCAACUGCCUGCUCAUGGGAGGAGUCAAUCUGCCCCACACCCUCCUGAGAGCGCAGCGGGGGAUUGAAGGGGAGAGGCCCUACGUAACCAUGGAGUACAGCUUCCAGCUGAGCGGCGCAGGGAAGAUGAAAGUCUUUAAAGGGCUGGUGAGGAGAGAGCACAUGGGUGGAAGUAGCCGCUAGAGGCCCCGCCCCCACCUCUGUCCACCAGUGCCGGGACCCCUCCAUCCUCCAAUGGGGAGCCUCCAUCUGACUGAGAAGAAAAACACACGCUAAUGGACUGAACACUGGCGAACAGCGGGUGACCGUUUGGCAGCAAGGGAGCACUUUUUCCCUUGCAUUCUUAUUACUUUUUCACAAACAUGCAAGAGUGACUGUGGAACGCAUGGCGCAGAGAAUGCCUGGCCCCGAACUGUCGGGCUGAUUGGCCCCCUGGUGAUGCCUCCGGCCCCCGCCGCGGUCACAUAUGAGGGAAAACACGGGGGCUGUCAGCGGCUUCUCAUUCUCCGCCCAGCAGGGCUGUCCGACUGCAUGCCCAGAGGGCCACAGCGCCUGCAUGUUUAACUCCUGCACCCAAUUUAGCCUUCUGAUUUUUCAUGUGCUUUGGCACAUUUUUCAGGCCUCCAGGACUGGAGUUAAACCUGCAGACACUGCGGCCCUACAGGACUGGAGAUAAACCUGCAGAGACUGCGGCCCUCCAGGACUAGAGUUAAACCUGCAGGCACUGCGGCCCUCCAGGACUGGAGUUAAACCUGCAGAGACUGUGGCCCUCCAGGACCUGAGUUAAACCUGCGGACACUGUGGCCCUCCAGGACUGUAGUUUGGCACUCGGACAAUUGAAAGCUUUAGUGCCGGUCAGAAAAGCGUCAUUUGAUUUCCUGUCCCUGGAUUUCUGCAGUGGAAAUGCUUCAUCUAAUUUCACAAGCAACUUGGUGGUUUGUUUUAUUUUCUUUCCAAAAGGGGGCUUUAUGACAUUGAAACCUGCCAGAAACUAUUAGAUCUAUGAUCUAGAACUCUGCGGUGAAAUGACACUCCCAUUUUUCAGUCCGUUGGGCAAAACUGGAUUUUGUCCAAGCAAAAAAAAAAAAAAGGAAGAAAAAAAAAAAGCAUUUUUAUUGUGGGAUAUGAUGGCUAUUGUGUCUCUUUUCCAUUAAAGGCAAUGUGUAUUUUA